AUGGUUACUAUUAAUACCUUAGGAACAGCAAAUGAUGAAUAUGCUGCCGUUAGUAGCAGUGAGAGUGAUCGCAGACCUCGAGUCGCUGUCAUUGGAGCAGGGUCUUCCGGCUUAACGGCCAUGAAACAAUGUAUCGAUGACGAUUUGGAACCGGUUUGCUUUGAACAAAAUCCUCACGUUGGUGGAUUAUGGAAGUAUGAAGAAAUCGAUGAAAAGAAUAAGGAUCCAUAUUCUUCGCUUUUCAAGUCAAUAAUUAUCAAUACUUCUAAAGAAACGAUGACCUUCUCCGAUUAUCCAAUUCCUCACGAUUGGCCAACUUACUUACCUCAUCAUCAAGUAUUAAGAUAUUUCGAAAUGUACGCAGAACGCUUCAAUCUUUACCAAUAUAUUAAAUUCCGAACAAGUGUAUUACAUGUUUCAAAUCUACCUGAUGAUCGAUGGAAAGUCAAAUACAUGACAGAAGGAGAGGAAGAGAAAGAAGAAAUAUUUGAUUAUGUGAUGGUUUGUAGCGGUCAUCAUCGAAAACAUCGUUGGCCGAAAUAUGAAGGAAUGGAUCAAUUUGGUGGUCGACAAAUACAUUCACAUUUUUAUCGAAACACAAAAGGAUUUGAAGAUAAACGCGUAGUUGUCGUUGGAUGUGGUAACAGUGGAAUGGAUAUUUCUGUAGAGUUGAGUACUGUUGCUUCUCAAGAGCAACUUAGCAAGAUUACACUUGGAUCAUACCCACCCGGUCUAAAACCAAAACAUCCGGCUAACGCACACCAUCCAACAAUAAAAUCCGAUUUCUUUGAGCGUCUUUCCACCGGAACUAUUAUCGUGAAACAAAAUAUCGUUAAAUUGAAUCAAGACAAAUCCGUCGAAUUUGUAGAUGGGACAAGGAUUGAAGAUAUUGAUGUAAUUGUGUAUUGUACCGGAUAUGAUAUCUCUUUUCCAUUUUUGGACGGAGAUCUUUUGACAGGUGAACAAGAUCUCGAAAAGUUUGAUCCAGAGUAUCGUGAAAAUUUGGCUUGGUUGUAUAAAAUGGUGUUUCCUCCGCGUUAUAAGAAUAUCGCGUUUUUGGGACUGGUCCAGGUUCUUGGUCCUAUAUUUCCAGUCGCUGAAAUGCAAGCGCGUUACGCUACUAGCAUAAUCGGAGGUCAUAUAACUCUACCAUCAACGGAGGUAAUGGACCAAUGGAUCGAGAAUUACCAAAAUUUCCUUCAAACAACUUUCUAUAGCUCUGCAAGACACACCAUCGAAACACCGUUCCUUUGGAUGAUGGAUCAUUUAGCCAAGGAGAUUGGGUGUUUGCCGACUGGUAAAGAAGUAUUUUUGAAAUACGGAUUUAAAGCCUGGAAAAAUUACUUUUUUGGAAUGGUUACUCCGAUUCAGUAUCGUUUAUUUGGUAGACAUUCAUAUGAUAAAGCAAUAGAAUGGAUAAACAUUUAUAAUGGUGGACAACCUUCUACAUUUGAUAAUAAUGGUGUCGCCUUAGAAGACGAUAAUAAAACUCGUCAAACCGGCAAAAAAGAACAUAAUAAAAAAGAUGACUGA